AUGAUCAUGCUACCAUUGCUAUUACCCCUAUCACUUGUUACUACCAGUUCUGCUAUGAAUGCGGUUAUCGUCGAUUUAGUGAAAUUUUCAAUUUUUACAUUUCUAAUAUUAAUUAAUAUUAGUGAACUUCGCUGUACUGUAAUAUUUCCAAGUCUUAAUACAACACAAUUACGGCAAAGUUUCCGGAUCUUAAACAAGACCAAUCGAAUGUCACAGUUUCAUAGGAAGCUAAAUAGCGUUUUUACAAGACAGAAAUUUGUUAAUGAUGCUAAUACAGCCGGCUUAUGCUCAUUGAGAAAUUGUCAACGAAACGAUUUGAUUAUGCAAAAAAAUCGUGAACUGUUGAAAAUUAAACAAGAGAAUUCUGUAAGUAAUAAAUUGUCAAAUGAUUCGAUUCAGUUGCCAAUGCGAAAAGUGGAAAUUGGAAAGAACAAGCAACUACCUAUGCAACUUUCAUCAUUGGUUCGAAGUGCUGCUGAUAUGUUAAAUUUAUUCCGAAGAAUUGCAAUCCAAGAACAGAAUGCUCAAUAUAUGAAACAAAUUAUUCGACGAAAACAACCAAUGCAACCGAUAUCAGUAGGAACACAUGAAUUUCAAAUGGGAAGAAAAUCAUUGAUAGCAUCUAAUUUCGAUAAUAUCCCGGGUGUUACACACAAACGCAACCUUCGAAGUAAGACAACAGCGGAAGAUACGACAUGGGCAGAUUUAUUAUUUGGUCCACGUGGUGUGCUAACAGCUGUUUUUCAUAUCCUUGAUGAUCGACGUAAAAUUACGGGAAAAAUAAGAGAUAAAAUUGGGAUUAGCAAAAAUGAUAAUGAUGACAGUCAGACGACUAACGUUUAUCAUGAAUUAGAUUUAUCAUUACUACCUGAUUUCUUGAUAGACGCAAAACCAAUUGAUUUUGCAAAAAUUUUUGAAGCAUUUUUAACUGGUUCAAAGGGAAAUUUCGAUGAACGUAUUUUUAAUUUACCGGAAAUAUUGGGAAUUUGUAAUCGGCUUAGUUGUGGAGAUAUUUAUAAAGCUAUUGAUGAAUUUCGGAAAAGUGAACUUUUCAUUAAUUUUCAGACGGCACUGCAACUAAUACAAGAUCCGAAAGGAUGGGAGAUUCUCGGUGAUCUCAUUUCAAAUCCUGAUCUGAUCGCUCAAAUCAUCAGUGGUGUAGGAGGUGAUCGUGGUAACAUGAAGAAUUUAGUUGGACAUAUUACUCGUGCAGGAAAAUCAUCGAAAAACAGUGGUAAAGAAAUUGGUCCGGAAGACGGCGAUAUUGGUAUCGAUUUCAGUAAGAUGAUUGAAAAUGGCCGUGGUGGUGAAUUUAGAAAGCCAAAAAAACCAACUUCCGAAGAACUACCCGAAAUUGCUGAGAACAUUGAUGGAAUCGACUAUUACAACGCCGUUGAAAGUGGCACAGAUAUUGGCGGUAUUGAAACGAUUGCUAAACCGGACGUCGUUGCAACAACGGAAACAACUACGAUAUCAUCUUUAACACAGACUAGAGCACCACAUGAAAUACCGGAUCUGGAUCUAAUAUUGCCUCAAAUUUCUGAAAAAAUUGAUCAAAUCGGGCAGACUAGAAUAAUAAUCGAUGUUACCACACCGAUUCCAGCAAAAAUUUUAGGCCGACAAACUGUUCCCACUCUUCGAAGAUUACGAGGUCCUUAUAUUACAGUAACUUACAAACCUGUUACGGUAAAAAGAGCAAGUGUUCAUAAACAAGCUAUUACCUCUACUGUCCCAGUAAUAAUAAGAUCAACAACCAGGAAUUUCCGAGAAGACAGUGAUUAUUAUGCCAUGUAUUAUGACGAUGUAAGAGGUUAA